UGUAGAAAGUAUUAUUUAAUACACUAUUUAGUGCACUUGUAUAGGGGAUAGUGACUGAUUUGGGAUUUAACCGUGGUCGAUUUUUACCCCUAAAGCUAAGUAACGCGAAUGAUAUUGAAGAAGACAGAAACUGAGUAGCUGAGUGAAGAAGAAGAAGCAGAAGAAGAAGAUGGCUACAGGUGAUGUGAAAGGAAGUCUCAGGAAGCUGCAAGCGUCUCUCCGGUCUGUAAAAUACCCCAGAGAUGUUGAUUAUCCGGGCUUAGCUAAAGGAGAUCCGUCGUGCUGUCUGCCCAUCGUGAGCUACGCCUUCACCUCCUUCUCCACCGCUGUAGCUGAACACCUGGUGGAGUUAGGCAUCGAGCUCACGGGAAAAAACGACCUGAGCUUCAUGGAGUCCGUUUACAAGGUCCUGCGUGAUCUCUUCAGUUAUAAACCCUUGUUGACUAAGCAGCAGUUCCUGCAGUUCGGUUUUGCCGAGAGGAAGAUCGCUCUUCUCUGCGACAUCAUCGGCUUCGUCCUGGACAAACACAAACAGCUCACUAAAGGCACUAAGCCUGUCGGUCAGCUGAGAAGGAGGCAGCUCUCUCGCAGUGACUCCAAAUCUGUGGAAUAUUCACCACCUAGAGAGACCCAGAGGACACCAGGCCAGAAAGUAGUUUCGAGCAGGUCUCUGGUGGAGAGGCACGUGGGUCACCGAUCUCCAGCGCACCUCAGCUUCUCCUCAGACGAUCAGCAGCUGCACGAGGAUCAGGAAGCGGACGAGGAGGGAAGACGGAGAUCUCAUGACCGAGAUGUUCCUCAACCUGCUGCUCACACAGAGUGUGUGUUGGAGAGCAGAUUGAGAGCGGUGGAGGCAGGGCUGCAGCAGUGUGUGUGCAAGCUGGAGCAGCAGCUGAGCAUGCUGGACGUCAGAGUGCAGGCGCUGGAGAAGAGCACAGCUGGAAAGAUCUGUAUAGAGCGCAGUGCGUGGGAGGAGCUGGAGAACCGGGUACUGCUGCUGGAGACGGGACUGACGUUAACGCGGGCACAGGAUCCGAUGAGAACGGGUGGAGUCGUGAGUGUGGCGAUGAGCCAGCACCCUGAUGAGACGGCAGAUUUGGAGAGGAUUAGUAGUUCCACUCUGGCACACCAAACCUCACCAGCCAACCAAUUAUCAUCAUCCUCAGAGGAAAAUAUUAAAGAGAGACUGGAGAGAAUAGCCAGUAUGAUGAAGGACACAUCCAGCCUUUUGAAGAAUAUCGAGCCUACAAUAUGAGUUUAUAUGACAGUGUUCAUCAUCAGGUGUGUUUAACACAUCCAAAUGAAUGUAGAGGCGUAAAGGGAAGGAAAAGCUCUUCAGAUGACAAGUCGGGUUAAAUUCCUCAUCGCUGUAUUUAUUUAUACUGUUUAGUGGGCAAGAUGUAGUGAUGAUGUAAGCUGCUUCGUAGUGAAUUUCCAUUAUGACUGUAAUUUUUUUAAGCUCAGAUGUCCUUUUUUAACGCAGUGUGACUUUGUAUUCAUGCUGGAACUGCAUUUCUCCGUUUCGUGCCUUUUGGCUGAGGUUAAGUGUCAUUGAAGUGCCUUGUCCAGUAGAUGUCCCUGUAAUGCUGUACCUCAGAUUAACGUGCCUUUGCUGCCCUCUGUGGUUCAUGAUGUGCAUUACCACGAUGUUCUCAGCACAGAGGUAAAAACAUGUUGUAUUCAAUUUGUAUUUUUAUAUCAGCCUGGCUUUCAGAUCAAGUAAAACCACAGACGUAAUGAAUGAUA